ACGCCGCCGCCACGUACGCAGCAGCGCGCAUGCGCUAUGAAACUAGCGGUGGAACGCCGACCCAGGGAGAGCCAGCAUGGCGGCGGAGCGCAAGACUAAGUUGUCCAAGAACCUUCUGCGCAUGAAGUUCAUGCAAAGGGGACUGGACUCAGAAACCAAGAAACAACUAGAAGAGGAAGAAAAGAAAAUCAUUAGUGAAGAGCACUGGUACUUGGAUUUGCCAGAGCUUAAAGAGAAAGAGAGUUUCAUAAUAGAAGAGCAGAGUUUCUUGUUAUGUGAAGAUCUUCUCUAUGGAAGAAUGUCAUUCAGAGGAUUUAAUCCUGAGGUUGAGAAAUUAAUGCUUCAGAUGAAUGCUAAGAACAAAGCAGAGGAAGUUGAAGAUGAAACAGUGGAGCUUGACGUGUCAGAUGAAGAAAUGGCUAGAAGAUAUGAGACCUUGGUGGGGACAAUUGGGAAAAAGUUCACCAGAAAAAGAGACCGUGCCAAUUAUGAAGAAGAUGAAAACGGAGACAUAAAACCAGUUACAGCAAAGAAGAUGUUCUUAAAGCCCCAAGAUUAAAAUGGGUGCCUUACAGUGUGGCUCAGGGACUCUUUGUGAGAGUUAGCACAUUUUGAAAUGCCUUCUGAUGCUUUCUCUAUAGUUGCUAAUAUUAUAAUGUUUAUUUGUACAGAAAUGUAUAAUAUUGGAAACAUGCUGUUUUGAAACAGACAUGUAAUGGAUGUUAUACAUCCUUUACUUUAGUAUUCAUCAAGAAUGGGUUUUUAGCCCUGAUCUUCAAAUGCAGAUAGGCACCUGGUUGCUCCCUCAAGAUUUUUUUAUCUCAGAUUUUUUUUAAUAGAGCUCUGCAGUCACUAACCUUGAAUUGAUGCAUAAAUAUGAAGAGCUAUUAUUUAAGUUGCCCUUAUGUGUAUAGUUUAUUUUUAAUUAUUUAUCAUGUCUAGCCAAUUUAUACAUAUGUUUGGGAAGAAAAUGUCACAAGAAUUACAUGUAAAUUCAUCAAGAACAAACAUGCCUGUCCAGCCUGAAGUAUUAGCAUGCUAGCAAGUCAUUGUCCAUUGUGGAAUUAGGGCUUUUUGUUUAAAGACUUUAAUUUUGUUUUAAUUUCCUUAAUAAACAUGUUUUCAUAUACUUUUCCUAUUCUCUUUUACUUUAAAAUAACAAUUCUACUCUAAUUCAGUUUUGGAACUCUUACCCAAAUAGUAACUUUUAAAAACCCAGCCAUUAAUUUAGAAUAUUGUGAUAUAAUUGGUUGAAACAUAAGAAAUUAUCUCUUGUGGGUCAAAACAACCAACCAUCAGUGUCUUCUGGUACAGCCCCGUAGGGCACACCUAGGCCCACCAUCUAGUCUGAACCUUGGUCUAAAUAGUGCAGAAGUGUGUAUAUGUGUGUCUGUCUGGGGAAAGUACCUAGAACUUCUAAAAAUAAUGAUUUUGUUUAAUUUGUUCUAGCAACUAUAUGAUGUGCAUGUCUCCUUUCUCUCUGAAUCUCCAUAGAUUUUGAUUGCUCUGUGACCUCAGCUCUUUGGUGAGUUAAUGGGAAAAAUUGUGAAUUUGACGUUAAUCUGGCACUUAUCUUCGUGAAGGUAGGAGCAGUUGAUCUUCCAGUUCUGCAUCCUGGGACAGGAGCCCCAGUUCUUCCCAGAGCGUUACCAGCACUGCAGUCCAUAGAUUUGUGGUAUGGCUGUCCACCCUCACACUCUGCACAACAAUACUUCUGGUAGGAAAACCUAUUUCACAGUAAAAGAAGUGGGGUGGUGGGCUUGUGGCUCUGGAAUUCACUGCUCUUAGCCCAUCACCCAGGAUUAUCAGACAAAAUAGAAUGGUGGAA